AUGUACGCCGGACUCGAUAUCUACGGCCAAAAGCAGGAGAAAAAUGCCGCAGAUUGGGUGAGAUGCAAGAACUGCAACCAGAGUGUGAAUUCCUCUCGCUUUGCCCCACACCUGGAGAAGUGCAUGGGCAUGGGCCGCAACGCUUCACGACAAGCACGGAG